AUGGCGAAGAAGGAAAAGCAAGCCGUCGCCAAGACCAAGGUUGCGGCCUCCAAGGUUGUGGAGGAUCGUACCUUUGGCAUGAAGAACAAAAAGGGCGCCUCGGCGCAAAAACACAUUGCCCAGAUGACGAGCAACCUCAAGGGCAGCGGGACCGUCGAGCAAAAGAGGAAGGAGGCCGAAAAGGAGCAGCGCGAGAAGGAGAAAAAGGCCGCUGAGGACGCCAAGAGGGAGACGGCCCUCCUCCUCGCUCGUCCCGCGCAGAUUCAAAAGGUUCCAUUUGGCGUGGACCCCAAGACAGUGGUCUGCAUCUUUUGGAGAAAGGGCGACUGUGAAAAAGGCAAAAAGUGCAAGUUUGCGCACGACCUAUCGGUGGAGCGUAGGACGGAGAAGAAGAACCUGUACACGGACGUGCGAGAAGGCGACGAAGAAAAGAAGAAGCAAGAGACGUCGGCGGACUGGGACGAGGAGAAGCUGCGGUCCGUCGUCUUGUCUAAAAAGGGCAACCAAAAGACGACCACGGACAAGGUGUGCAAGUUCUUUGUGUCUGCCAUUGAGGAUGGAAAAUACGGCUGGUUUUGGAUCUGUCCCAACGGUGCCGAUAAAUGCAUGUACAAGCAUGCCCUACCUCCCGGUUUUGUUCUCAAGACCAAGGAGCAGAGAGCGGCUGAAAAGGCUCUCCUGGACAAGUCUCCCCUCAAGACCCUCACUCUGGAAGACUUCCUCGAGUCCGAACGUCACAAGCUCACCGGCACCCUCACGCCCGUCACGCCUGAAACCUUUGCCAAGUGGAAGCAAAGUCGCUUGGACCAAAAGGCCGCCGAAGAGCAGCUGCGCAAGGCCAAGGACAAUACCGGCAGGGCCCUGUUCGAGAGCGGCAAGUGGACCGGCGAGGACGAAUCCGACGACGAGGAAGACGACGACGUGUUUAACCUGCAGAAGCUCCGCCGCGAGACGGAAGCCAUACAGAUUCGAAAGGAGGAGGAGCGCUUGGCUCUGCAACAUGGAUACGAACUCCCUCCCGUGGCGGGCCAGUCUGUCGAGGACGUCGUGGGCGAUGGCAGCGAUGCUGGCGAGAAGACGGCGGAGUCGACCAAUGGCGAAGCCGCUGCGUCAUGA